AUGUAUUUUGUUUAUCUACCCAGGGUCAUUAUCGAACCAUUGGCCGAGGCAACUCUGUCAGUGACUUUUCGUGCGCAGCAGAGAGGUCGGUUAGAGAGAACGUUAAAGAUUUCAAUUUGUGAUGUCGAAACUGCGGAAUUGGUAGUUCCAGUUACUUGCGUUGGUGAGGGACCGGUUCUGCAUGUGGAGCCCACUAGUGUUAACUGGGGCACAAUACCAGUACUACAGACGACGACAAGAUGCAUCCGUUUAACCAAUGAAUCGGCAAUUGAUGCCACGUUUACUGUGAAAACGGCCCAAUUUGUCCCCCUCCAUCUAAUUCGGAAUCGUGCUACGCUUCGGCCGUAUGAGGACGAUUCCAUUCAGAUACAUCCCUCUGGUGCGUGUGGUGUCGCCCUUUCGAGUGGCCGGAGCCUGAUUGACACUGACUCCGCGACGGCUCCACCCACACAAAUUACUGGCCACUAUCACUUCAUAGCACCCGGUGAAUGA